AUGCAGUCCGACAGCCAUGCUUCAGAAGAAAACCAUGGACAGAUCCCAAAGACAAAUAGCAGUUCUGAACCCACGGUCGAGAGUGGCCUUCGGGAGAUAAUCCUCAUUGAUGAGUUACCCCGAGAAACCUGGUCCAUGGCAACUACAAUCCGCCCGAAUGGCGAUCUACUUCUCCCCCGCCUCAACGGCCCAGAACUGUGCAGCACUCAACAUCCCAAGACUCUGAGCAAUCCCUCUCCCAGCUCAGAACCAAAGUUCAUCCACUGCUUCCCUGAUACCACCUCAGUCUUCAACAUCUGCCGGUUAAAAAACACCGGACGUGAGGAAUAUGCCGUUCUCACGGCGAUUGUCGACCUAGAGACGCCGGAAGUAUACAACACGGCGGUUUGGCGAGUAGUUCCUUCCGCUGAAGAUGCCAGUGAGGAAAUCCAGCCCCAGGUCACGAAGAUCGCCGACAUGCCAGAGGCCCAAUUAUGCAUCGGGAUGACCUCUGUAUCAGAUCGCACACUUCUAGUUGCCGACUCUGGUUUAGGCUGCAUUUACUGCGUCGAUGUGGAAACAGGAACGGUGUCCAUCUUUCACGAAGAUGAGUCGAUGCGACCCGCGACUAGGAGAGAUGCCCUUGGUAUUAGCCGCAUAAGGGUCCUUGGAAACGAUUUGUUCUACACAAACACAAGCAGAGGGACGUUUUGCCGCCUGCCUGUCCGGUGGGCUGAGGACGGCCAAGAUCUGCAGCCCGCUGGCGCAUGUCAGAUUGUGGCAAGGGGCCUCUCAAAUGCCGACGGCAUGGCAAUCACUCGAGACGGUGCCACUGCCUACAUCGGUAGUUAUAUCAGUGGGACACUCUGGAAGGUGGAAAUAGACAGCGAAACAGGAAGUGGCAUCGUCCAUAUCCUUCGAGAGCGGAUAUCAGACCCCACGGGCAUGGAACUGGUAUAUGACGAACAGAACCAGGAACCCACACUCUUCGUGGUAUGUUGCGGCUGUUUGGGACAAGAAUGGCGAGACAAGGUCGGCAGCAAGUGGCUUAAUAUGCUCCAUGUGGACAGAUCUAUCAAGGUGACGGUGGAGAUCUUUAUCACGUACGAGCCUAACCCUGACUAUAUACGUGCAGGGUGCGAUAACUAG